AUGAUUGCCGUAAUGCCGUCCGGUCCAGGUGGUUCUCUACUCCUCUUUGUCGUUCUUGUCGUCCGGUGGUCCACCACGGGCCACGGCACACCCGUAACCACGACGCCCACCACUAUCGCCCGGCAGCCCCACUGUGAUGCCAUUUCGCCACUCGCCAACCACCAUAGCCCUCCGUCGGCCGGGCACUCCGUGCGCCGGCCGCAGCGCCGCCUUCACCUGGAGCGCUUGCUAGCCAGUGGCCCGCUAGCGCCGCUUGCGCUUGGAAGGCCUGCGGGCGUUGCAUGCGCUUGGAAUGCCGGCGGGCCGGCGGGCGCUCGCGUGCUUGCCUGUGCUCGGAGGGCUCGUAGGCUUGCGGGCGUUGCGUGCGCCUAG